UUCUUUCAAUCAAGAACUAAGCACACAAACCCAACUUUGAUACUGUCUGUCAUUAAUUGAUUGUGCCAAAAAAAACACCAACUACCGACUUGAAACAGUCACAUGACACACCACACAUAAUAUUGAAACCCAACCAAUUCACACACGCAAACCUAUAUUUUUCAGCACCCAUUAUUAACAGUCAACUACUUUCUUCAGCAAUGAAUUCUUCAUUAAUAAAUAAAUCUUUCAACUACCAGUUAUUUAGGCCCACUUUUACUUCUUCUUCUUUGCGUUUGGGAACUAAUUUGUGUCGUUGUCUUGCUCUCUCUGUAAGGCGUAUCAGGAGCCAAGCUUGUUGUUGUCGUGUCUCUGCACCUCGGUCUUACUCCUCGUCACAUUCUGGGACAUUUAUGGAGGUGGUCAAAGCAGUUGGUCGGCAGGGGUCUGCUGCCCCCGAUAGUGUUGCUAUUAGAGCUGAUCAGCAAAGUUAUAGUUACAGACAAAUCAUUUCAUCUGCAGUGAAGAUAUCUAAUUUUUUAAACUACAGUGACAUAAAAACUCCUUGUGAAGCAAGGAAAGAUGAAAAUCCUUCUCUUUCUAUUGAUGGCAUGGGUAAACAAAGACAUCUUGGUGGAGCUCGAAUAGGAAUUGUGGCCAAACCUUCAGCUGAGUUUGUUGCUGGAAUAUUAGGGACUUGGUUUAGUGGAGGCGUUGCAGUUCCGCUAGCACUCAGCUACCCAGAGGCCGAGCUCUUACAUGUGAUGAAUGAUUCGGAUAUCUCCAUGGUACUAAGUACCAACGAUCAUCGUGAGUUACUGCAAGAAGUUGCUUCAAAAUGUGCUGCUCAGUUUUCUAUUAUUCCACCUGUUCCCAGCACUUCUUCACUGAAAAAUGCUCAUGAUCAUUCACAUCCUGGAGAAAUAGAUGAACUUGGAAUUUUGCGUGGUAGUAUUGAGAACUCAAGUGAGGAUCCGGCAUUAAUUAUAUAUACAAGUGGUACAACAGGUAAACCUAAAGGAGUUGUUCACACUCACAGAAGCAUCACUGCACAGGUACAAACAUUGACAGAAGCUUGGGAGUAUACAUCGGCUGAUCAAUUUUUGCAUUCCUUACCAUUACAUCAUGUUCAUGGCCUUUUUAAUGCUUUGCUAGCUCCUCUCUAUGCGGGUUCAACGGUUGAGUUUAUGCCAAAAUUUAGUGUAAGGGGAAUCUGGCAGAGAUGGCGUGAGUCAUAUCCAGUUGAUGGGACUAGGGCUGAAGAUGCUAUAACUGUAUUUACAGGAGUUCCAACUAUGUAUACUCGACUGAUACAAGGUUAUGAAGCAAUGGAUCCAGAGUUACAAGUUGCUUCUGCCUCAGCAGCAAGAGAGUUGCGACUUAUGAUGUGUGGUUCCUCGGCACUCCCUCUACCUGUCAUGCAACAAUGGGAAACCAUCACUGGGCAUCGCCUUUUGGAACGAUAUGGCAUGACUGAAUUUGUCAUGUCAAUAUCAAAUCCUUUAAAAGCUAUGCGGAAGCCCGGGACUGUUGGGAAGCCAUUUCCUGGUGUGCAGGUCAAGAUUCUAACGGAGGAUGAGAAUGGAGACAAUACAGAUGGGGUGGGUGAACUUUGCGUUAAAAGCCCUUCAUUAUUUAAGGAAUACUGGAAACUUCCUGAGGUAACUAAGGAAUCAUUUAUUGAUGGUGGCUUCUUCAAGACUGGAGAUGCUGGUAGAGUGGAUGAAGAUGGAUAUUACGUCAUUUUGGGACGUACAAGUGCUGAUAUUAUGAAGGUUGGUGGAUACAAAUUAUCUGCAUUAGAAAUUGAGUCAACUAUUUUGGAGCAUCCUGUUGUUGCAGAAUGUUGUGUGCUGGGCUUACCAGACAAAGAUUAUGGAGAAGCUGUUUGUGCAAUUAUUGUGCAUAAAGUGGAUGCAAAGGUAAAACAGGAGGAAGAUUUGAAGCCUGCAAUAAGCUUGAAAGAACUCCGCUCUUGGGCUAAAGAAAAACUUGCACCUUACAAGCUGCCAACCAAAUUGUAUCUAUGGGACUCACUGCCCCGUAAUGCUAUGGGAAAGGUGAAUAAAAAAGAGCUGAAGAAAGUGCUGGCUGCUAAACAAUAAGUGUGUAUUGACUUUAGAUCAAAAUGAAGCAUGUAACACUCAGCGUGCGUUUUGUCUUUUUUUUGGCUGGUCCCACGGCACUAAGUUAUUAAUAAAACGCAGCAACAAUAUUUUGUUACA